AUAAUAACCUACUAUAAAAUCUGCUUGUGCAUGCCAAAAUCAGUUAACCGAACAAGUCACUUGCAAAAAUGGCCUGGUCAUUGUUGCUGCUUAUUGUCUGCAUGUUUCUUGUGCCAGCCCACUCUGAGCAAGGUGUUACCUGCCAGAAUGACAACCUCCCCAGACAAGACUGUGGUUUUGUUGGAGUUACUCAGCAGCAGUGCACAGACAAGGGCUGUUGUUGGCAUCAGCGGGAUGGUCAGCCAUGGUGCUUCACCAAGACCAGUGAAUCCGACCCUCAAGCUACCUGCCAGAACGAUAACUUCCCGCGGAAUGAUUGUGGCUUUGUUGGAGUUACUCAGCAGCAGUGCACAGACAAGGGCUGUUGCUGGAAUCAGAGGGAUGGUCAGCCAUGGUGCUUCACCAAGACCAGUGAAUCCGACCCUCAAGCUACCUGCCAGAAUGAUAACUUCCCGAGAAAAGAAUGUGGUUUUUUCGGAAUCACGGAACAGCAGUGCAUAGAUACAGGGUGUUGCUGGAAUCCCAAGGAUAAUCAACCAUGGUGUUUCUCCAAGAUUGUUCCACCUCCUCCCACCCCAACUUGUUUACCCGACCGGCCAAGGUUGGAUUGCGGUUACGUAGGGAUUGAUCAAGGACAGUGUGAGCAAUCGGGGUGCUGUUGGAACCCAGCUGACAAUCUUCCUUGGUGCUUCCAAAAGACUGGAGGCACUCUACCUGCUCAGUGCAAAGUGGACGGACCAAGAUUUGAUUGCGGAAGUGUUGGAACCACUGAACAAACCUGUAUUGCGCAGAGCUGUUGCUGGAGCCCUGCAGAGACUGGGCCUUACUGCUUUUACCAGACCCCUGUCUACACCGUGGAGUCCAUUAGCCCGAGUACACUUGGCUUGCAGAUGAAACUCGUGACUAAGAGUCCAACAUCUGUUCCUUAUGGACCAAACAUAUCCCCACUAACCUUUGAACUCUGGCAAGAGAGUAAAGACCGGCUCCAUUUCAAAUUCACUGACCCGAGCAACAAGAGAUGGGAAGUUCCAGAAAGUGUAUUGCCGACUCCACCUCCCCCUUCCUCUCCUCCAUCAGCCACCAGCUACACCUACCAGGUGCCUAAAGUUGGAGAGGAGUUCUUCAUAUCCAUCAAGAGGGGAGAUAACCAGGAAACUAUUUUUAACACCACAUCUAUAGGGACACUCCAGUUUGGGAACCAAUAUCUCUCCAUUGGAACCCAUCUCCCUGUGGGUCACUACAUCUAUGGCAUAGGGGAGCGGAAGGCACACUUUAGACUCACUCCAGGUGGCUCUAACUGUGGAAACACAUAUCCACUCUGGAAUGCUGAUAUCCCUACCAUUCCUGAAAACUUUAAUCUCUAUGGCUCACAUCCAUUCUACCUGGACUUGCGUAAGAAUGGCCUGGCUCAUGGAGUGUUCCUCAAGAACAGCAAUGGUAUGGAUGUAGAAGUCGGACAAACCUCACUCCAGUACAAGGUCAUUGGAGGUGUUCUGGAUUUCUAUGUGUUUCUUGGACCAAGCCCUGAGGAGGUGAUCCAACAGUACCAGGAAGUGAUUGGUCGACCUCAGAUACCACUGUAUUGGACACUGGGUUUCCAUCAGUGUCGCUAUGGUUAUGAACACCUGCAAGACCUCAAAGAUGUUAUCAAUGGCUAUGCAAACAGCAAGAUUCCUCUUGAUGUCAUUUGGAGUGAUAUUGACUACAUGGAUGAUUACAAAGACUUCACGCUUGAUCCAUCAAGAUUCCCUGCUAGUGAAGUCAAACAAUUCAUUAGUGAUGUCCACAGCAAAGGAAUAAAAUAUGUGAUGAUAAUAGACCCUGGAAUUGGAAUUGACAAAGGCUACCCUGCUUAUGACAGAGGGAUUGAACAGGAUGUGUUCUUCAAGGACUUCAAUGGGAACAACUAUGUUGGUAAAGUGUGGCCUGGCGAUGUGCAUUAUCCAGACUUCUUCCACCCAAAGGCUCAGAGCUACUGGGAGACAGAGUUCAGAGAUUUCUUCAACAAUCUGGCAAACGUAGAUGGUAUUUGGUUGGAUAUGAACGAGUGUGCAAACUUUUGCGAUGGUGUAUGUUCUACUGAACCCCAGUCUGGAGAGGUCAAGUGAGAUGGUUACUCAUUUAACCCAAAUGAUCCUCCAUAUUAUAUCAACAACCGCUGCUCUCAUAGCCCGCUCUUCACGCGUACUGUGGCGGUGGAUGCUGAGCAUCAUGGAGGUGUCCUUGAAUAUGACGCUCAUAACUUGUACGGGAUAAUGGAAUCCAUUGCUACCAAGAAAGCUCUUGAGGCAAUCCGACCCAACAAGCGUCAGUUCGUCCUCAGUAGAGCCAACUUCCCUGGCUCUGGCGUUCACUCCGUUCACUGGAACGGUGACAACACAGCCCAUGAUACGGACCUAUAUUUCUCCAUUCCAAUGAUGCUUAGCUUUCAACUGUUUGGAAUUCCAUUUGUCGGCUCUGAUAUUUGUGGGUUCUUUGAGGACACGACUGAAGAACUGUGCGGGAGAUGGAUGCAGAUAGGAUCGUUCUACCCGUUCGCUAGAAAUCACAACUUUAAGGGUCCCAUUGGACAAGAACCAUAUCGAUGGGAAUCUGUGGCCCACAUCAGUCGCAAGUACCUGGGUAUUCGUUACUCUCUCCUUCCCUACUACUACACAUUGUUCUACAAGGCCCAUCGUCCAGUUGACCAAUCAAAUGCCCCCUCUGCCACUGUCAUACGCCCCCUGUUCUUUGAGUUUCCCCAGGACGAGAACACCUACCCUAUUGACUGGCAGUUCAUGCUGGGUACCUCCUUGCUCAUUAGUCCUGUCCUGCGAGUUGGUGAUGCUGGUAAAUCUGUCAGUGUUUAUUUCCCCUCCGGCAGCCGUUGGUACGACUGGUACACACAUCAGAUUACAUCAUCAAAGGGUGGAGAAAAUAAGAACAUUGACACUGCUUACGAUUACAUGCCAAUCCAUAUCCAAGGAGGGGUAGUGAUCCCCAUGCAAGACCCAGCGCUGACUACUGAGGCCAGUCGAGCCAACUUGUUCUACUUGCUGGUGGCCCUCUCGGAGACUGGUGUUGCCAAGGGAGAUGUGUUCAUCGAUGAUGGAGAGAGUGACCCUGUGGGCAGCCACACGUUUGUGGACUAUAGUGCGUCAGGGAACCGACUGAUAGCUACUCCCUCAGGAACAGGAUAUGCUUCGAAUAUGCCUCCUCUUGAUCGUGUUGUGGUCAUCGGACUAACUAGUGUCCCAACUGUGGUAACCAAAGACAGUGUGAACGUGCCCUUCUCCUACGAUAAUAGCACUCGAACCCUGACAGUUGGCCCGGGUCUAAAGACCAGCAUGGAUACACAGUACGUCAUCAACUGGAAUAACAACCAAGCAAAAACAGAGUUGCUGCAUGUAGACUCUAGCUACAGGCUACAGUAUAGAUCUAGAUCUAGUAAAAUCUACUCUACCAAGAUGCUAAAGCCAGUGUCCAUUCUCUGUGCUGCUCUAUUGGUGGCUACAGCUGCGCAUGGGCAAACCUGUCAGCCUGACCAGCAAAGGAGUGACUGCGGCAAAGUUGGUACUACUCAGGCUCAGUGUGAGAGCAGUGGAUGCUGCUGGAGCCCCAAAGAUAAUCAACCCUGGUGUUUCUACAAAUCUGGUGGUCCAGUGAACAAGUUGUGUAAUGCAGAUACCUCACGAGUAGACUGUGGCAGAGAAGGCACAACUGAGGAGGAUUGUCAAAACCAUGGAUGUUGUUGGCAACCCAAACAGGGUGCAUCGUAUUGCUUCUUCCCCAGUCCUGCGUAUCUAGUGCAAAAUGUGACGAGCACAGCAACUGGAGUCAAGGUUUCCUUGAAACUGAGUGGAGCGAAGUACACUUCUUCUGGCAGAGCUGCCUCGCCUAUUUCCCUAUUGGUGUUUGAACUCUGGCAAGAGACCACUGAAAGGCUGCAUUUCAAGAUUACUGACCCAAACAAUAAACGUUGGGAAGUUCCAGAAAGUUUUCUACCUGUCCCUACUCCACCGUCUUCCCCUCCAUCGGAUACACUAUAUACCUAUGUUGUGGCACCUGUUGGCAGCGAGUUCUCUCUAACUGUGACGAGGAAAAGUAACAAAGAGACAGUAUUCAGCACCUCAUCAGCAGGAUUGCUAUACUUCUCUGAUCAAUAUCUGUCUAUUGGAACAACUCUUCCGCAGAACUACAAUCUGUAUGGACUUGGAGAGCACAAAGCAAAGCUCAGAUUGGAGAAGGCAACAUACACACUCUGGACUUAUGAUGUUGCUACACCCAAGGGUGUUAACUUAUAUGGCUCCCAUCCAUUCUACCUCGACCUUCGAACUGAUGGCACUGCCCACGGAGUGUUUCUCAAGAACAGCAAUGGCAUGGAUAUUGUGCUUGAAGACACAUCACUGAAUUAUCGCGUGAUUGGAGGAGUGCUUGACUUCUACAUCUUCCUUGGACCAAGCCCUGAGGCAGUGAUCCAGCAGUACCAGGAGGUGAUUGGACGACCACACAUGCCUCCAUACUGGGCUCUAGGUUUCCACCAGUGUCGCUAUGGGUACAAUAAUCUACAGGAGGUUAUUGACGUUGUGAACAAUUUUCAUGCUAAAAUGAUACCUCUGGAUACUGCCUGGGUGGACAUUGACUACAUGGACAAUUACAAAGACUUUACUGUUGGCUCAAACUUUCCUGUGGAUAAAUUGCAAGCAUUUGUGGCCCAACUUCACCAGAAUGGACAGCAUUUCGUUGUGAUUAUUGAUCCUGGAAUCAGCAAUGCCCAGAAUUACGAGCCCUAUAGCUACGGACUGAGUCAGGAUGUGUUCAUCAAGGACAGCAACAACAAAGUCUUUAUAGGGAAAGUUUGGCCUGGCUACACCGCUUUUCCGGACUUCCUAAACCUGAACACUCACAAAUACUGGCAACAUGAGAUCGGUGGUUUCUUGAAGCUUGUUCAAGUAGAUGGACUGUGGAUUGACAUGAAUGAAGCAAGCAACUUUUGCAAUGGAGCAUGUGACUCGCAAUCCACGUCUAAGAAUGUCAGCAGGAAGGGUACUGCUGGGUUUGACCCUACUGAUCCACCGUACCAGAUUAACAACCAGAAUUCCAAGCAACCUCUCAAUAUCAAGACAUUGGAUAUGAAUGCAAUGCACUAUGGAGGAGUGCCAGAAUAUAAUGCACACAAUCUCUACGGGUUUACCGAAGCCAUAGCUACUUGCUCUGCCCUUGAGUCCUUAAGGCCAGGUGUUCGUUCCUUUGUUCUCUCUCGGUCCACGUUCCCUGGCUCAGGAGCACAUACAGCCCACUGGACAGGUGACAAUACGGCCACGUUUGAGGACAUGUACUGGAGCAUUCCAGGUAUCCUCAGCUUCCAGAUGUUUGGUGUUCCACUGGUCGGCUCGGACAUUUGUGGAUUUAUUGGUAAUACAAACGAGGAGCUAUGUGGAAGGUGGAUGGCACUGGGGUCUUUCUAUCCAUUCUCGAGAAACCAUAACACAAAGGGAGCAAAUUCUCAGGAACCAUACCGAUGGGACUCUGUGGCAGCAAUCAGUCGCAAGUACCUGGGUAUCCGUUACUCCCUCCUUCCAUACUACUACACACUGUACUACAAGGCCCAUAGUCCAGUCGACAAAAUAAAUCCACCAUCUGCCACUGUGCUAAGGCCAUUGUUUUUCGAGUUCCCUCAGGACCAAAGCACGUACUCCAUUGACUGGCAGUUCAUGGUGGGAAAAUCCUUGCUACUUAGCCCACAGCUGCAACAAGGGGGAACAAGUGUGAGUGCGUACUUCCCUGCUGGUCAGUGGUUUGAUUGGAGUACUUUCCAACUAUUCUCUGCUAAGGGCAAAGAAACAAAGACAAUCAACACACCAAUUGAUCACCUACCAAUCCAUGUUCGAGGAGGGUCAGUGAUUCCUCUUCAAAAUGGCACUGUUCUCAACACUACCAUGGGAAGGAUGCAAAACUUCUCCCUCCUGGUGUUCCUUGAUAGCAGCAUGGAAGCAGAUGGCGAUGUUUUCCUUGAUGAUGGCACGAGUCUUGAUAUAAAAGAGUUCACGUAUGUUCAGUAUACUGUGACCAAGAACAUGCUGACCAACAAAAUGACUGGAACGGAUUAUGCAUCAAAGGCACAUCUUCCCCCACUGAGUAAGGUGACUAUCACAGCAGUGUCCAGACCCAACAAAGUGACUGUCAAUGGAAUGCAAGUGGGCUUUGCAUACAACACUGACUCGCAGUCGUUGAUUGUUACUGGCCUAAAUAUCAUGAUGGAUGCAGCACUCAGUCUAGUCUGGGCCUAAUUUAUAUGCUCUAAAAAAAAUUUGAGUGUUGUGUGAGCAAAAACGAUUUUUAAUUUUGUGCAGUUUAUUUGUUUAUAGGCUUAAUGGAACAUAAAUUUGUACAUGUGCUUUAUUUUAUUGUGUCAGCAAAGUAUUUUAUAGUGGAUUGUUGUGCACUUUG